AUGGAGGCCAUCAAGAAGAAGAUGCAGAUGCUCAAACUGGACAAGGAGAACGCCAUUGACCGAGCUGAGCAGGCCGAGUCAGAUAAGAAGGCUGCUGAGGAGAAGUGCAAGCAGGUGGAGGAGGAGCUGACGCAUCUCCAGAAGAAACUGAAGGGGACCGAGGAUGAGCUGGACAAGUACUCCGAGAACCUGAAGGACGCACAAGAGAAGCUGGAGCUGACAGAGAAGAAGGCCUCGGACGCUGAAGGGGAUGUGGCAGCUCUCAAUCGACGCAUCCAGCUCGUUGAGGAGGAGUUGGACAGGGCUCAAGAACGACUGGCCACGGCCCUGCAGAAGCUAGAAGAAGCAGAAAAGGCUGCCGAUGAGAGCGAGAGAGGAAUGAAGGUGAUAGAAAACCGGGCCAUGAAAGAUGAAGAGAAGAUGGAGAUUCAGGAGUUGCAGCUCAAAGAGGCCAAGCACAUUGCAGAGGAGGCUGACCGCAAAUACGAGGAGGUAGCUCGUAAGUUGGUCAUCCUGGAGGGCGAGCUGGAGAGGGCAGAGGAGCGUGCCGAGGUGUCUGAACUAAAAUGUGGUGACCUGGAAGAAGAACUUAAGAAUGUCACUAACAACCUGAAGUCUCUGGAGGCUGCCUCUGAAAAGUAUUCUGAAAAGGAAGAUAAAUAUGAAGAGGAAAUUAAACUUCUGUCUGACAAACUGAAAGAGGCGGAGACGCGUGCUGAAUUUGCAGAGAGAACAGUUGCAAAACUGGAAAAGACAAUUGAUGACCUGGAAGAAAAACUUGCCCAGGCCAAAGAAGAGAACGUGGGCUUACAUCAGACACUGGAUCAGACACUAAAUGAACUUAACUGUAUAUAACCAAAACAGAAGAGUCUUGUUCCAACAGAAGCUUCAGAUUUCCGUGUCUUUCUCCUCUCUUGUAAGAAGUUUCUUUUGUUACUGUAUCUGCGCAAAUUAUGAAUAUGUGACCAAAUAUUUUGUAUCAGAGAAGCUUUGAGCAUCAGUUAAAUCUAAUUCCUUCCCUUUUUUCCCAACUGGCACCAGGUUUUUUAGCUCUAUUUUUAUCCUUAAAUUGCAUUUAUUCCUAAGCUAGGCAGGGUGUUUCCUAUUGAACAUUAGUCUCUUAAGAUUGAGGGCAUUUGGUUUCUGGGAGAUUAAACAACCCCACCCUUUAAAAAUACAGACUCUAAUAUCUAGUCAGUGGUCAAUUUAAAAGGUUGAAGAAUAGAAUCACUGGGCCACCAUUGGGCACACUACAGGAGGCCAGGGACCAUUACAUUAAAAUGGGUAGGGAUUUUCCAUCCAGAGCAAAAAAGGUGGGGGGGGAGGCUAUUGUGAGAAGGCAUAAGCCAUAGGUAGAUUAUGGAUCUUUUCCAUACUCUAACAUGCAGAAUAUCCUUUGAGCAGUCAGCAUGAGAAUGCUUGGGAAAUAGCUGUUCUUGCCAUCCACUCAGCAGGAAUGAAUAUUACAGAAUUCAGUCCUGUUCAGAAAGCCAUAUCAAAAUGACUGCUAGCCUUCAAUAAUUGAGCAAGAGCAUUUUUCUAUUAAAUAUUGGGCAGAAGCGUCCUCUCUGGCAGCAGAGAUAAAGUAACUGGCCUAACUUCAUCUCUUCUUUACUUCGGGAAUGGUAAAUUGAAGAUUUACUUAUCUAGGACUUUAAUUCCUUCGUCAGGACCAAGUUAAUAAAAGACCAGGAAACUCCUGAUUCAACUGGAUAUGGAGUAUUUUUUAGACAGGGCUGCACAUUUUGGCUUUGUUAAUAUUUUUGCUUUCUUGGUUGACAUCUCAGCUGAAACAUUCCAUAUUCCCCAGCAGUGAGGGGACAACUCAAGUUUACAGUUCUGACUAAAAAUCACCCUGCUUCUAGCUUCUCGGACCCCUCUGCCCUCACUCCUAUUUAUUACACAUCACACUACCCAGGAGAUACACUAGCAAAUUGUGCAAUUGAAUAAAACCCACACUUUUCAUUUAGAUUCUUGCAACUGUAUCAUAUGUAAUAGUAUCACUUUUUCUACAUUUUGGCCAAAUAAAUUUUUACAUAAACUACAA